ACGGUGACACAGUCCUCGCCCUGCACUCAAGCAUCGGACCCUCCACCAAAUCUAGGCACAAUGUCACCAGGACACUGGCGUUCCCCACUGUGGCCCCCCAGGAUCUGGAGGCAUGUGAGGACCCUACUGCUGCUUUUCCUCAACUGCACAGGAUCUUCUGCUGGAACUGUAAAGACGGAGAAGAGCGUCACCGCAGUAUUGGGACUUGACGUCACACUCACAUGUUACUAUGAAGCUCAGGAAGGAGAGAAGGUCUCUCAGGUUGUUUGGUCAAAGAAAGGCCCUGGAGGGCAAAGUGUACAGAUUGCCAUCCUGAAUGCAGAAUUUGGAUCUUUUGUGUACAAAGAAUUCGAAGGAAGGGUGACAGAAAAAUCUCCACUACAGCCAGAGGAUGGCACAAUAAUCCUGAAGAAUGCCGUCCAAGCAGAUGAGGGCACCUACCAGUGCCAAAUGAACACUUUUCCAGCAGGGAACUUUGAAGCAGAUCUUGUGCUUAAUGUUCUUGUUCCGCCUUUGCCAACGCUGAACACCGGGCCUUCGCUGGUGGAAGGAGUGGGCAAGACACUAGUGGCCUCAUGUACGGCAGAGGGAAACCCUGCCCCCAGCCUGAUCUGGCAGACAGAAGUGGUCGGCACAAACUUCUCUCGCACUCAUCAACACGCCCGAUCAGCCUCAGUGACCAGCGAGUUCUUUGUGGUGCCAUCGCGCAAUAUGAAUGGAAAGGCCCUGACCUGUGUGAUAUCACACCCUGGCUUCCAGGAGGAGAAGAAGAUCACUCAAUUGCUCUCUGUGAAAUAUCUCGCCGAGGCAUCUAUACAAGGCCACGAAGGCUGGUUCGCGGGGAAAGAUGGCGCUGCACUCCAAUGCAUGUGUGAUGGCAACCCACCACCAGUGUACAAGUGGUCCAGGGAGAACGGAUCUCUUCCCAAGGAGGUGACUUUGGAUGGGAACAAAUUGGUGUUUGCGGGGCCCCUGAGCGCGGAGGAGGCCGGUCGCUACACCUGCCAGGCAUCCAAUGACGUGGGCAGCAGACAAGUCAGCGUCAGCAUCUAUAUAGCUGAGAAUGAACCCAGAAAGGUGGACCUGAUGUCCGUGUCACUGGUGUCGGUGGCUGUGGUGACGGCCAUCCUGCUGGUGAUCCUAGUGAUAACGGUUGUUCUGGUGAAUCGCCAUCAUAAGAGGAAGACAAAGAGACUCUCCGAGAAAAUCGAGGAACUUUCUACAUUAUCCCGGCAAACAUCACGGAGAAGACUAUCCACCUCGGCCAGCACAGAUACCCGGAUGCAGCUGGAAGAAAGUCUCCAUAUGAGGAAUCACCCUGACAGCCUGCGAGACCCCAGUAUCAGCUCUAUCAUGGAAGAAGAUGUGGAUCGGCGCAGUUACUCCACCCUGACCACCGUGCGGGAGACAGAGACCCAGACGGAGCUCCUUUCCACAGUACCGGAUGAGGAGGUGAUGGAGGAGAGUGAGAGCGAGCAGGAUGUGAUGGAGGAAAAAGAAUUAGAGCAAAAUGAGCGGGACAGCCCUGGAGUCAUAGAAAAUCAACCGUUCAUCAAACAGGGAAUGACGCAUUUCUAUCAGGAAAAUGGGACUUUACGUGCCAAGCCAACUACCAAUGGGAUCUACAUCAAUGGUAGAGGGCACCUGGUAUAACUGGGCCACCAAGACUGUACAUCAAUGGUAGAGGGUACCUGGUAUAAUUUGGCCCCUCAGACUGUAUAUCAGUGGUAUGGGGCACCUGGUAUAAUUGGAUCUCUCGGACUGUACAUCAUUGCAUUGGGAACCUGGAAUAACUGGGCCCUCCAGACUGUACAUCCAUGG